AGGCGAGGAUAAAGCAAGAUGGCGUCUGACGGUGAAGACGUUAUUGCAGUCGUCACAGUUCAGUGUUCUUAAUCUGUGCGUCCAUGUACACAUAUAUGUCCUUUAUUACACUCUAUUAAAUAGAGUAACAUCGUUAAUAACUGUUUGCAUCCGGUUAUAUUAGUCUGAGCGCACUUCUCCAGCUAGCUUAGCUUGCUAGUUAGCUUAGCUUGUUAGCUGCUAACAAAGAGAGAUGAAAACACAUCGCUAAGCAGAGAUCAAGUGUGAGUGUAAAGUGUUGUGAUUGUGUGAAAAUGUGCGAAAGAACCAUAGCAGAGUACGAGGAGGAACUUUGUCCAACAAAAGAGGAGAAGGAGCGACAACAUGAAAAACAUCAAGUUGUGUUACACACAACAGACAUCCAUCAGCUGAUUGGACACCAAGAAGAAUGUCUCCCUCAUCUGCAGGGGAACAGUUUCACUUCAGAGGAUCCACAGCCCUCACAUUUUAAAGGGCACGAUGGGGAUCCACAGCCCCCCUAUUUUAAAGAGGAAGAGGAGGGAGAGUGUGUUGUAGGGCAGGAGGAGGACGAUGUCAGCAAGUUUCCACUGACUGUUGUCUCUGUGAAGACUGAAGAGCAUGAAGACAAAGCACCUGAGUCCUCACAGCUUCAUCACAGUCCAAACGUUCAACAGCCCCUUCACAUUAAAAAGGAAGAGGAUGAUCCACAGCCCACCCACAUUAAAGAGGAAGCGGAGGAUCCACACAUGAAAGAGGAAGAGGAGGAAGAGUGUGUUGUAGGGCAGGAGGAGGAUGAUGUCAGCAAGUUUCCACUGACUGUUGUCUCUGUGAAGACUGAAGAGCAUGAAGACAAAGCACCUGAGUCCUCACAGCUUCAUCACAGUCCAAACGUCUGUGAAGAACAACUUCUGCCUGAAAAACAGGAGAGUAGCUUCAGGAUGUUGAAGGAGUAUCCACCAAAGAGGAAGACCAGGCACCACGGACCCUCUGGCUUCUCCUUUUCCUCUUUGACACAGACCCUCUCCUGUAAAAAGGAAGAGGAAGACUCACUGACCCCCCACAUUAAAGAGGAAGAGGCGGAACAAAGCAUCAGUCAGGAGGGAGAUCAUAUUGAAGGACUGGUGGAGUUCCCAGUGACCGGUGUCCCUGUGAAGAGUGAAGAUGAUGAGGUCAAAGGUGAAAGUGAGGAGAAGAGAGAGGCGGAGCCUCCAAGCAGCAGCUCAACACAACACAUGACAACAGAAGCUGAUGGAGACCACUGUGGAGGAUCACAAGCAGACAAGAUCUUAGCUCCACUAUCAGAUAACAUCCAUCAGCUGAUUGGACACCAAGAAGAAUGUCUCCAUCAUCUGCAGGGGGACAGUUUCACUUCAGAGGAUCCACAGGCCUCACACAUGAAAGAGGAAGAGGAGGGAGAGUGUCCUGUAGGGCAGGAGGAGGAUGAUGUCAGCAAGUUUCCACUGACUGUUGUCUCUGUGAAGACUGAAGAGCAUGAAGACAAAGCACCUGAGUCCUCACAGCUUCAUCACAGUCCAAACGUUCAACAGCCCCUUCACAUUAAAAAGGAAGAGGAUGAUCCACAGCCCACCCACAUUAAAGAGGAAGCGGAGGAUCCACACAUGAAAGAGGAAGAGGAGGAAGAGUGUGUUGUAGGGCAGGAGGAGGAUGAUGUCAGCAAGUUUCCACUGACUGUUGUCUCUGUGAAGACUGAAGAGCAUGAAGACAAAGCACCUGAGUCCUCACAGCUUCAUCACAGUCCAAACGUCCAGCGGGUGUCAGCGGGGAGUCAUGAAGAGGAGUGGCACACCAGUGUGGGACAGAAGGAGCUACAGGCCCCCUCCCACAUUAAAGAGGAGCAGCUUCAUGAUGAAGAUGAAGCUCAGUCCUUACAGCUUCAUCACAGUCAAAGUGAGGAGAACAGAGGGGCGGAGCUUGUAAGUCAACACAUCACAGAAGCUGAUGGAGAGCAUUGUGAAGAUAUCAAGUCAGAACCAGACAGCAUCUUUGCUCCACUGUCAGACAUGGACCACAUGAUGUCACACUCUUCUGAUCACAGUGACCACAUCCAAAAACCUUUGGAGAGUAAAAAUGACUCUAAAGGUGAUACGAGACAUCACACUAACAACAAACACUUUGACUGCUCUGAAUGUGGGAAAUCAUUUAGAUGGAAGAGUGAUUUUACAAGACAUAUGAGAACACACACUGGAGAGAAACCUUUUGCUUGCUCAACUUGUGCUAAAAGAUUCAACAAAAAGAAUGACAUGAUAUUACACAUGAGAGCACACACAGGUGAGAACCCUUUUACUUGCUCUGUUUGUAAGAAGAGUUUCUCCAGAAAGGAACACAUGACCACACACAUGAGAACACACACAGGUGAGAAACCUUUUACUUGCUCUGUUUGUAAGAAGAGUUUCUCCAGAAAGGAACACAUGACCAGACACAUAAGAACACACACUGGAGAGAAACCUUUUGCUUGCUCAGCUUGUGCUAAAAGAUUCAACAAAAAGAAUGACAUGAUAUUACACAUGAGAACACACACAGGUGAGAACCCUUUUACUUGCUCUGUUUGUAAGAAGAGUUUCUCCAGAAAGGAACACAUGACCACACACAUGAGAACACACACUGGAGAGAAACCUUUUACUUGCUCUGUUUGUAAGAAGAGUUUCACCAGAAAGGGUGACAUGAUAUUGCACAUGAGAACACACACUGGAGAGAAACAUUUUACUUGCUCUGUUUGUAAGAAGAGUUUCUCCAGAAAGGGUGACAUGACCAUACACAUGAGAAAACACACUGGAGAGAAACCUUUUGCUUGCUCAGCUUGUGCUAAAAGAUUCAACAAAAAGAAUGACAUGAUAUUACACAUGAGAACACACACAGGUGAGAAACCUUUUACGUGCUCCGUUUGUAAGAAGAGUUUCUACAGCAAGCAAAUCAUGACCACACACAUGAGAACACAUACUGGAGAGAAACCUUUUGCUUGCUCAGCUUGUGCUAAAAGAUUUAACAAAAAGAUUGACAUGAUAUUACACAUGAGAACACACACUGGAGAGAAACCUUUUACUUGUUCUGUUUGUAAGAAGAGUUUCUCCAGAAAGCAAAUCAUGACCAGACACAUGAGAACACACACUGGAGAGAAACAUUUUGCUUGCUCAGCUUGUGCUAAAAGAUUCAACACUAAGAAUGAAAUGAUAUUGCACAUGAGAACACACACAGGUGAGAAACCCUUUACUUGCUCUGUUUGUAAGAAUAAUUUCUCUAGAAAGCAACACAUGACCAGACACAUGAGAACACACACUGGAGAGAAACUUUUUGCUUGCUCAGCUUGUUCUAAAAGAUUCUACACUAAGAAUGAAAUGAUAUUACACAUGAGAACACACACAGGUGAGAAACCCUUUACUUGCUCUGUUUGUAAGAAGAGUUUCUCCAGAAAGCACAUGAUGACCAUACACAUGAGAACACACACUGGAGAGAAACCUUUUGCUUGCUCAGCUUGUGCUAAAAUAUUCAACACUAAGAAUGGCAUGAUAUUACACAUGAGAACACACACUGUAGAGAAACCUUUUGCUUGCUCAGUGUUAGGAUAAUUAUGAAUAUAUUAUCACACUAACUUUGGUAUACUUAAAGUCUGUUGCUUUAGUUAUUAGUUAUUGUGCUUAAGUUAGACUUU